AUGCAUCCUCGUAAUCCGUACAACGAACCCCCUGAUUUUGCUGACCUUGCGAGGCGUUACCCUCCCCUCAGACCACAUGUCUUCAUCAACCAUACAGGAUCAAGUACGAUAAACUUCAAAAGCCUUCCGGCGCAAAGGCGUUUAACAGAAGCGCUCUUUCAUCUUGACUAUGGCCUUUCAUUAACCCUACCAGAUGAUAGACUCUGCCCUCCAGUCCCAAACAGGUUGAACUAUGUUCUUUGGCUACAAGACAUAGUGAAAUCCACUUGCGGUUCCGACACCAUCAGAGGGCUUGACAUUGGUACUGGCGCUUCAGCAAUUUAUCCGUUGUUGGCGUGUCGCAUUGAACCUACUUGGAACUUCGUAACUACCGAUAUUGAUGAACGGUCCGUCCAGUUCGCCAAACAAAACAUCUCUCGGAAUUCUAUGGACAGUCGUAUUUUUGUCGAACACGUGCCGGCUGAUGGGCCUAUUCUGCAACCAUUGCAUACAAGUUCAACGGGUUUCGACUUUACCAUGUGCAACCCGCCGUUUUAUAGCAGCGCCGAGGACGUUUCGCGCUCAACCGAAUUCAAGGAGCUUGGUCCGAAUGCAGUUUGCUCCGGAGCAGAAGUGGAAAUGAUAACUCCAGGGGGAGAAACAAGUUUCGUUGCUCGAAUUUUCUCGGAAAGUCUACAGUUGAGGACGAAGUGCCGGUGGUAUACUUCUAUGCUUGGGAAAAUGUCAUCAAUUCCUGAUAUUGUCUCACUCUUUCGCGAACACAGCGUAGACAACUAUGCUAUAACAGAGUUUGUUCAGGGUCAAACUCGCCGUUGGGCCAUCGGUUGGUCAUUUCAGGAUGCCAGGCUUCCUGAUACCUUCGCUCGCAUCUCCAACCCAACCUUGAAGAACAUCAUGCCUUCUCGAAACACGCUGCAUCAUGCAUUUCCAGGCGCUCGAUCUGUGGACAUUCUGGCAAGCGCUUUACGAAGCGUUAUCGCACUUAUUAAUGGUGUAACGGUUGCAUCUUCGGCUACUCCCGCGACUUCUGAGCAUUCUUUUACCAUGCUGGUGCAUGCCCAAAGCAACACCUGGUCCCGCGCAGCACGAAGGGGAAAACUUCCAGAAAUAGUCUGCGCGUCUCAAGAAUCGCCAGUCCUGCGUUGUUCGAUUGAAUCUCGUGAGCGCUUGUCUUCUUAUACUUCAAGGGACAUUCCAUGCCAGCUUGUGUUCAUCUGGGUUGAGGGCAAAGAUCGGUUGAUCUUCGAGAGCUUCGCUAGUCAUGUAAGCCGCCAAAUCACUUCUACCCUACCAGAGUUUGGGGACGUAAUAUGA